AUGUGGGGGAGUGGUGUGAAGGAGCUGCUGGGGGCCAAGCUGCCCGGCUGGCAGCAGUCCUGCGUCCAGCCCACCCGCCUGCCCGACCGCGCUCUGGCCCUGGUGAAGCAGACGGCCAACAGCCCUGCCGUGCCCGCCAUCUCCGACCCGCUGCCCGCCCCCCAGCCCCUGGAGGUGCCCCCCGAGCUGGCACCCCUGCUGGGGGGCGGGGGGCUGGCCCUCAACCACCGCGUCUCACUGCAGGAAGCGACUCUGCUCCCCAACGGCGAUUCUCACCGCACCCGGGGCUCCCGUGACCUGGGGCACCCGCCCGCCAGCGAGCCCCUCACCGUCCCGCUAGGCCUGCCGGCCCCGCAGCCCGCACCAGCCACGCAGAGCCCCCCUCCGCCCAGGGCCAGCGAUGGCUACUCCUGUACCCUGCCCAUCCCCCGCAAAGCCUCCGCGGAGACCCGCCUCGCCACGCUCACAGAGAACAGGACCCUGCCGCGGGUCGGGGCGCUGGCCGAGCGGCGCCGGGUCCAGGCCGUGUUCUCCCACGCAGCCGGCGAGAGCAGCACCCUGCUCAACUUCCAGGAAGGCGACGUCAUCGCGCUGCUGGUGGCCGAGGCCCGGGACGGCUGGCACUACGGGGAGAAUGAGGCCACGUGCAUGAAAGGCUGGUUCCCCUUCUCGUACACCCGGCCCGUCCCCCCUGCCGAGACCCCCGAGAAACCCCACGGCAGUUUUCCCCUGAGCAAACUCAACAGCAGCAGCACGGGGACCCUGGACAAAGUGGGGUGUGUGGCCCCCAGCCCGGAGGGGGGUCACGGGGGGGCCACCUUGCGCUACGCCCCCUCCCCCCGCUCCAGCACCUUCCGCCAGCGCCCCUAUAGCAUGAUGAACCCCGACCUGUCACAGUUAGCGAACGAAUUUGGGAGCCCCCUGAACUCCUCCCCGUCCAGGUCUAACCCCUUCGCUCACGUCAGGCUGAAGCGGACGGUGACCAACGACCGCUCGGCCCCGCUGAUCCAGUGAGGCCCCGGGCGCCCGCCGAUCGCCCCCCGGGGGAGAGAUGCCAGGAGCCCCCCCGCUCGGGAAGGACUGGGGAACUGGCGGGGGGCCUCCCCCCCCCAUGCAGCCCGCGGCUCCCUCUAGUGGCUGCUUUGCAGAAGAGCAUCCCAACAGCCGGGCUCGGGCCGUAUCACGCAGCGGGAGGGUUCGGGGUUCGAAUCCCGCCGACGAUGCCUGGAGUGGGGGGAACAGGAAUGGAGCUGGGCCCCGGGGAGCCACAGGGUGGGGGAAGGGAGGGGGAGAGGCUGCCCCCCGAGAUAGAAAUGCCUCCUGAGGGCUCUGCUAUGGGUUACGUGUGUAUCUGUCCGUUCCCCCUUGCACCCCUCUGUCAUCCCCCUACACACAUCCAUCCCCUCUGCACUCUUCUGUCUGCCCCCAUGCCCCCCUCUAUCCGUCUGUCCUGUGCACACAUCCGUCCCCCUGCCCACCCCUCUACCCAUCGGUCCCAGCUCCCCCAGGGGGGCUGCUACGCCCUAGCUUUUCACCAGGUCUUCGGAGGAGCCUGAGGCCCCGCCCUUCCCCCCUGGGCUCCAGCCCCCCUGCUUCCCCCUGGGAGCUCUGCCCAGCCGACCCACCAGAGCCAGCCGCCUGGGGGAGCCCCUCACCCCCUGGUAGCGCUGCCUAGAUGUGGGGAGCCCAGAGGUUCGCCAUCCACCACUGCCUCGGGCCAUUGUCCCUGCUGGGUUCCCGGCCGGAGGGUCCCCUCCUCAGGGGGGUGAAUUGCCCCGCGGCAGGUGGCAUGUAACCGGGGCAGGUGGCUAACAGGAGGCCGGUUUUUAAGCCCGGCUUCCGUGCCAGGCCAACGGGGUGAAACUCGAGGGCAGAGCAGAAGGCGCCCAGAGGUGGGUGAAGGCGGGUCGGUGGGGAAGGGAAAUCCCUGUCUCGCCCAGCGGCUGGAAUCCGAGGGGGCAACCGACGUGUGGCCAAGGGGGUGGGUGGGUCUAGCGUCCUUGAACAAGGCUCUGAAGCAAAGCCGGCCGGGCCCAGGGGGAAGGGGGUGGUUAAAAGACAGGGGACAAAGGGGAAAGGGGCAGUUUUCAGACCGGAGAGCGGUAGAUGGGGGGGCCCCCAGGGUCUGGGCUGGGCAGCGUACUCAGAAAGGCAAACGGGGCGAACGCUGAGCAAACACUUGCAGACGAGACAAACUGACUCCGGCUCGUUAAGUCCAAAGCGCCCGGCGAAGAGCCCCCAAAAGAUCUCACCGAACAGGGGGACUGGGCCAUGAAACGUGGGGUUGAGAAACGUGACGCUGGAAACCGUCAUCCCAGCCGGACCUACGCCAGGAAGGGAUCUAGAUGAGCAGGUACCACCCGAGACCGAGAUGGCGGAGUCGGGAUCGUUCGCUGCAAACGGCAGGUAACAGGAGGUUAGGAAACGGGGGGAGAAUCGGACAGACGACACCCUAGUGCCGCUAUAUCAACCCAGGGCGCGCCCACCCCUUGAGUACGGCGGGCGGUUCGGGUCGCUCCAGCUCCAAACAGAUCUGUUGGCGUUGGGAAAGGUGUGGAGAAGGUCAGAGAAAUGAUGCGGGGGUGGAACAGCUUCUGGCUGAGGAGAGACGAAAAGGACGGGCACCGUUCAGAGACGGCGAAGGGGGAUGUGAGAGAGGGCUGUGAAAUCGGGACGGGGAUGGAGACGGGGAACGGGGAAGUGCAAGUUACCCCUUCACGUGAGGUGAGAACCAGGGCUCAGCCGAUGAAACGAAAACAAACCGACGGCAGCACCGUCAACCUGGGGAACUCCCUGCCGGGGGAUGCUGGGAAGGGCGAAAGUCGAACGGGGUUCGAGAGUGAGUCCAGCACUGGUGGUCACGGGGGCAACCCAGGCUCUGGGUGUCCCUAAACCUCUGCCUGCCCGAAGCCAGGAGCGGCCGAUGGGGGCGCUCACGCGACAGUCGCCCUGUUCUGUUCAUUCUCCGUGAUGCAGCGGGCCCCGGACACUGGCGGCAACAAGCCACUGGGCCGGCGGGACCCUUGGUUGGCCCCAGCGCGACUGUUCUUCCCUGGUCCUCAGGGGCCCGUUGGCUGUGUGGUUCCUCCGUCAAUCAGGGUCGCUUCCAGCUGCCCCUUUAACACCCUGUUCACCCAACCCGCCGCGGUCCAUGGCCCCACCCUCAUGGCACCAGCUCUGUCCCGAGAGCAGCUUUGUAACCCUUCAGCCCCCACAGGGGAGCCGCGCAAAGCACAGAGGGAAACUGAGGCAAACAUGGGCCUCAAAAAUAUUACAGCAAAUUUCCACUUCCUCAUGCCAUCCAUCAAUACGAUUUUAGGUAUGCGUCCAUCCAUCCCUCCACAUCCCCUCUAUCCAUCCAUCCAUCCCCCAACCCCUGUAUCUAUCCAUCCAUCUUC